AUGUCGUCGGCCAAAGCAAGCACAUCUGCAGCGCCAUCGUCGGCACCUGUUGCCCAUAACGCGCUACCACCACCUACGGCGCCAUCAGCCGGACGGUCAUCGCGAAUCGCUCCUCAUUCACAUAUCAAAGGCCUAGGGUUGACCUCAGAGGGAUUCGCCAAUGCUGAUAGCGCGGGAUUCAUCGGACAGACAACUGCUCGCGAGGCAUGCGGAGUCGUAGUCGAUCUCAUCAAAUCCCGAAGGUUUUCAGGACGCGCUCUUUUGCUAGUUGGUGCCCCAGGAACUGGAAAAACGGCCCUUGCGCUCGCUGUUUCCCAUGAACUGGGAUCAAAAGUACCGUUUUGUCCCAUGGUUGGAUCUGAAGUGUAUAGUACCGAGGUGAAAAAGACGGAAGUCCUGGCCGAGGUGUUUCGAAGAGCCAUAGGCUUGCGGAUAAAAGAGACGAAAGAAGUCUACGAAGGCGAAGUCACAGAACUGACGCCAACGGAAUCCGAGAACCCGCUCAACGGAUAUGGUAAAACCGUUUCGCAUGUUGUUGUGGGCCUCAAGACGGUCAAAGGAACAAAACAGCUCCGAUUAGAUCCCAGUAUCUACGAAGCCAUUCUGAAAGAAAAAAUAGUCGUCGGAGACGUUAUCUAUGUCGAAGCAAACACCGGUGCAGUCAAGCGUGUCGGACGAUCAGAUGCCUAUGCUUCAUCAUAUGACCUUGAAUCUGAAACCUACGUCCCCCUUCCAAAAGGCGAUGUGCACAAGCGGAAAGAGCUGGUCCAGGACGUUACGUUAGGGGAUCUCGACGCUGCAAAUGCUCGCCCCCAAGGAGGUCAAGACAUUAUGAGCGUGAUGGGGAGCCUGGUGAAGAGUGGCCGGACCGAAGUCACGGAGAAACUAAGGCGCGAGGUUAAUAAGGUGGUGAAAGGCUACGUUGAUCAGGGGGUGGCAGAAGUGGUCCCUGGGGUAGUUUUCAUUGAUGAGGUGCACAUGCUCGAUAUCGAAUGCUUCACGUAUUUGAAUGCACUACUCGAGUCCCCGAUGGCUCCAACUGUCAUACUAGCUACUAACAGAGGGAACUCCCUUGUGAGAGGCACCACAGAUAUAGUCUCGCCUCAUGGAAUCCCCGUUGAUUUACUCGAUCGAUGUAUGAUUGUGAAAACAGACAGCUAUACCCGUGAUCAGGUUGGCAAGGUGGUGCAGCUGCGGGCAAUCGUCGAAGGGCUGAAACUUGGACCCGGGGUGGUGGACAAGCUGGCUGAAGACGGCGAACGAAGCUCCCUUCGCUAUGCUCUGCAGCUGCUAACGCCGGCGUCGAUUCUGGCGACUCUUGCUGGUCGCAGCCAAAUAGAAGUUGAAGACAUCGGCUUUUGCCUCGUCGCGUAUCGUCAGAACAGGUCUCCGGCCCUUGGCUUCCUUAAUCUGAGGGGAUCGUGGACGGAUCGCUAUCUCCAGGGCGAUGCCGUAAGUGGGUCAAUUACCCAAGCCAGGGCCCAUGGUCAAACGCUUCUCGAGCACACUGCGCUACAUCCCGAAGAUCAGUUUCCCGAGGCACCCAACCAGUCCGCUCCUCCCGCCUACCCUUUCCCAACGAUGCAGGCCGUUUCACCAGACAACGUCUACACCUUGGAGGACCGCACCGCCCUCAUCUCGUCGUCCGACUUCGAUGACAUCUACGACAGACUAUUCUUGCGCGUAUCUCGCCCAACAAAAGCCACUUCCACCAUGAUAUACAAGAUGAAACAUCGCUCGUCGCGUCAUCGAGACUCGCAACCACUGACUGCGGAGCCGAUAGUCGUACUAGACUUCGCGCCAGAUGAAUCGCUAGGCAACAUUUCAUUUCCCAAGGCGAAAGUAACCGUCCCAAUGGCACGUUAUCUGCGCAAGACGUCUCUAUUCGGAGGAUCUCUGUCCAGGAAGUUUAUUGGUUCUGAUGGGAGAGAAUACACGUGGAAUCGGGGCUGCGUGCAGGGCCAGGAGUGGACUUGCACCACAGAGAACUUCCUUGUCGCACACUACGACCUAAAACCGCCACAGCAGCGGGUCUAUGGCACGUCGGGAAAUACGUUGAAGAUUUACCAGCCCUUCUUCCCUCUCGCUGUUGAAAUAGUAGCGUCGCUUACAAUUAUGCGGCAUAUCGCGCAAUUCAAUCUAUAG